UGCCGGAAGUAGGAACUGCGUGCGGUAACUUUGCACCGUGUUUGAUUCAUGUUUUGUUAGCUAAUCAAGUAAGCAGAUGCCGACUGCUUGAAGUUAUUUUCAGAUGAAUAUAUGUGCAUAAAACAGUUCACACGCCACUCCUACUAAGAAGGGAGGAUGGCACAUCGCCACACCCCACCUAAGUCGUCCCAGAGGACAGAGUACCUUGAGGCUGAUACUGAAUCCGACAGGGACUCUGGUGUUGGGGAUGAUGCAGGAGAGGAUGCUGACAGUUACCAUGGAAGCACAGUAACAGAAGAGGAGAAAAUUGAGGAGCAUGACGGCGUGGAAGAAAAAAGCAGGGAGGGAGAAGAUUUUACAGUCUUUAUUGCCUUUCAAGGGAAUAUGGAUGAUGAAGACUUCACUCAAAAACUUGAGACUGUCCUCAGCGGGAUACCGAACAUGCUCGAUAUGGGCCAUGAACGGCUACAACCACAGCACGUGGAGCCAUGGAACAGCGUGCGGGUUACCUUCAACAUUCCUCGGGAUGCUGCGGAGCGACUCCGACUGUUGGCCCAGAACAACCAGCAGCAGCUCAGAGAGCUGGGGAUUCUCUCUGUCCAGAUAGAAGGGGAAGGGGCCAUCAAUGUGGCUAUGGGACCAAAUCGAGGACAAGAAGUCCGGGUGAAUGGACCAAUUGGUGCGCCCGGCCAGAUGAGAAUGGAUGCUGGUUUUCCUGGUCAGCCUGGUCCAGGAGGGGUACGGAUGGCAAAUCCAUCGAUGGUUCCCCCAGGGCCUGGCAUGAUAGGUCAGACUAUGUUACCAAGUAGUAGUGGACAAAUCCACCCUCGCCUUCAGAGACCACCUUCACAAACAGAUGUGAUGGAUCCAAUGAUGCCAGGUAUGUCAGUUCAACAGCAGCAGCAGCUUCAGCAUCAACAGGCUGGUCCCCAUACCUCAGGCCCUAUGCCUCCACAAGCUGCCCAUCACAUGCAGACUCUACAGGCUGGGAGACCGCUCAAUCCUGCUGCACUGCAGCAGCUACAGCAUCACCAGCAGCAACAGGCCCAGCAACAAGCUCAGCUCUCCCAACUUGGACCUAGAGCUCCAUUCAACCCAUCAGGCCAGAUGGCUGCGCCCCCUGGCUGGAAUCAGUUGCCUUCUGGCGUCCUUCAGCCACCGACUGCCCAGGGUGGCCCUGCCUGGAGAAAGCCCCCACCCCAAACACAGAUGGUUCAACGCCCACCUUCUCUUGCUACAGUUCAGACCCCCAGUCAUCCUCCACCCCCCUACCCAGUUGGCAGCCAGCAGGCUGGGCAAGUAUUUAAUACUAUGGGACAGGGACAAUUACAGCAACAGCAGCAGACUGGAAUGGGUCAGUUUGCUGCUCCCCAGCCCAAAGGCCAACAGGCUGGCCCUGGUGUUGCAGGGCCACCAAGACCCCCUCCACCCCUACCACCAACUUCUGGACCACAGGGUAACCUCACUGCCAAAUCCCCUGGCUCGUCAUCAUCUCCUUUUCAGCAGGGUUCACCAGGGACACCUCCUAUGAUGGCUCAGAGACCUACAACUCCACAGGGUUUCCCCCAGGGUGUAGGUUCACCAGGAAGGGCAACCCUCGGCCAACAGGGUAACAUGCAACAGGCAUUCAUGGGAAUGCCACAGCAUGCACAGCCUGCGGCCCAAGUUCACCCAGGUAUGCCAAAGCGUCCCAUGGGCUUUCCAACCCCAAACUUUGUUCAAGGUCAGGUGAGUGCCAGCACUCCAGGAACCCCUGUGGGAGGCCCCAGCCAGCAGCUGCAGAGCAGCCAAGCAAUGACUCACACAGGAGCUCAACCAUCAGCCUCUACACCAAAUUCAAUGCAGGGACCACCCCAUGCUCCACCCAAUGUUAUGGGUGUACAAAGUAGCAUGGCAGGUCCAGCACCUGGUACAACUGCUGGGCCUAGUAUGGGCCAGCAACAGCCUGGCCUCCAGACCCAGAUGAUGGGCCUCCAGCAUCAGGCCCAGCCUGUGUCCUCCUCCCCCAGCCAGAUGGUUCAAGGCCAGGGUGCAGGUCAGACUGUCCUCUCAAGGCCCAUCAAUCCUGGGCAGAGGGGAGGAAUGACCCCACCCAAGCAGAUGAUGCCUCAGCAAGGCCAGGGGGUGAUGCAUGGGCAGGGUCAGAUGGUUGGAGGCCAAGGGCACCAGGCCAUGCUGCUACAGCAGCAACAGCAGCAACAAAACUCAAUGAUGGAACAAAUGGUUGCCAACCAGAUGCAAGGCAACAAGCAGGCUUUUGGGGGCAAGAUGCCAGCUGGGGUUAUGCCUGGACAGAUGAUGCGUGGCCCUUCUCCAAAUGUACCAGGUAAUAUGGCUCAGUUCCAAGGCCAGGUUGGCCCCCAGCAGAUGACUCCACAACAGCAACAGCAAAUGGCUCAACUUCAGCAGCAGCAAAUGCAACAACAGCACCAGCUGCAACAGCUGCAGCAGCAACAGCAGCACCAGCAGAUGAACCAGCAACAGUCACAGCAGGUUCCUAUUGCUGGAAAUCCUAAUCAAGCUAUGGGCAUGCAUGGGCAGCAGAUGAGACUCCCUUCUGCUCACCCUCUCAUUCAGCAACAGUUGCAACAACAGCAGCAGCAGUUGCAACAGAAACAACAACAGGCCAUGAUGCAGCAGCAGCAGCCACAACAACAACAACAACAACCACAACAAGCAGCUCAGCAACACUCACAUGCCAUGGGGGAUCCGAAUAGUGGGACAGGAGAUUUGGGAGUUCAACAAAUGGUCCCUGAUAUGCAGGCACAGCAGCAGCAAAGCAUGAUGGGAGGUCCUCAGCACAUGCAGAUGGGAAAUGGACACUUUCCAGGUCAUGGCAUGAAUUUCAACUCACAGUUUACAGGUCAGAUGCCGAUGGCGGGACCUUGUGGACAGCCAGGCGGUUUUCCUGUUAGCAAGGAUGUUACACUGACUAGCCCAUUGCUGGUCAAUCUACUGCAGAGUGAUAUUUCUGCCAGCCAGUUUGGACCAGGAGGAAAACAGGGAGCAGGUGGGGGAAAUCCGGCCAAACCCAAAAAGAAGAAACCACCACGCAAGAAGAAGCCUAAAGAAGGAGAAGGACAACAGCAAGUAGAGGGACUUGGUAGUCUUGAAAUGGCUCCUGGUAUGGAUGAUGCCGAACUGCCAAAUCUGGGUGGUGAACAUGGUUUGGGCUUGGACACCUCAGGUCAGAAACACCCUGAAUUUGCUAACAGGCCUGCAGGCUUUCCUGGGCAGCCUGGAGACCAGAGAGUAUUGCAGCAGGUACCCAUGCAAUUUAUGCAGCAGCAGCAGCAGCAGCAACAACAACAACAACAGCAACAGCAGCAGCAACAACAGCAGCAACAGCAACAACCACAGCAACAACAACAGCAAAUGCAGCACAUGCAACAGCAGAUUCAACAACAGCAAAUGCAGCAUCAGCAGCAAAUGCAACAACAACAAAUACAACAACAGCAGCAGCAACAACAGUUACAGCAACAGCAAAUGCAGCAACAGCAGCAGAUGCAACACAUGCAACAGAUACAAGGUCUCCAGAAUGCUCAGGGGCAGCAGGGAAUGACAGUGCAGCAGACUACAGGUCAAGGCCAGCCACAAAUGCACCCUCAUCAACUGCAGCAGCAACCGCAGCAACAACCCCAACAGCAACCACACCUGCAACAGCAGCAACAACAGCAGAUGAUGAUGAUGCUGAAGAUGCAGCAAGAGCAGGCAAAAAGUCGUAUGCCCAUCCCCCCGGGAGGGCAACUCCCUCCUCGGGGAAUGGGCAAUCAAACUGAGGUGCAAAGACAUCCUGUCUCACAGCAAGGCAACAUGCCUGUAAUGAUUAGCCUUCAAGGACCUGGAGGGGUACCACCAUCACCUGACAAAGCCAGAGGAAUGCCCCUGAUGGUGAACCCACAGCUUGCAGGGGCUGCACGAAGAAUGUCCCAUCCUGAUGUAGGGCAGGGUCCCCAAGCCACUGGAUCUGAAGAAGCCCCUUCAGUUGCCCACCCGAAGCAGGACAGGUCUAGUGGCCCAGAAAUGGGGGGACAGCCAGGAAAUGGGACUCAACAGAUUGUGGGCAAUCAGGCCCCCAACACUCACAUGAUGAAGCAAGGCCCUGGUCCUGCACAAAUGCCCCAACAUACUGGAGCUAGUCCUCAGCAGCAGUUACCCACUCAGCCUCAACAAGGAGGUCCCAUGCCUGGUCAUCAUUUCCCCAGUGUCCCCACAACCUCACAGAGCUCAAGGCCUAAAACCCCCAACAGAGCCAGCCCCAGACCAUACCACCAUCCCCUCACCCCAACUAAUCGUCCACCCAGUACUGAACCCUCCGAAAUUAACCUUUCACCUGAGAGGCUAAAUGCUUCUAUUGCAGGGCUGUUUCCUCCCAAAAUCAACAUUCCUCUGCCUCCCAGGCAGCCAAACCUAAACAGGGGAUUUGAUCAGCAAGGUCUUAAUCCAACAACUCUGAAGGCCAUUGGACAGGCCCCUCCUGGCUUAGCUUUACCAGGAAACAACAACAAUGGCAGUGCAGGUGGAAAUAACACUAACAACAAUCAGCAACCAUUUUCUGCUGGUACUGGUGGUGGGAUUGUAGGUGCUAAACAGGACAAACCGGUUGGAGUGCAGGGUAAGAGGGCAAGUCCUAGCAAUAGUAGGAGGUCAAGCCCAGCCUCUAGCCGCAAGUCAGCCACCCCAAGUCCAGGAAGACAAAAGGGGACAAAAGCAGCUGUCACUGGCCCUCCCCACCAGCAGCAGUUGGUCAACCCUCAGGGGCAAACAGUGAUGGUAAGCCCUACCUCAGUACCACCAAGUCCAGUAUCUAUGCCUUCACAAGUGAGUGGCUGUGUGGAGGCACAGCAGACCCAGAGCACCCUUCAUGGAAUUCAAGGUAACCCUUCUGAUGGAGUCAGGGAUAGUCAGGGAAUGAUAACAGCAGAGCAGCGACAGAUACCACACUCUCAGCCGCAGCCUUUAAGAGAGUUGUCUGCACCCAGAAUGACAAGUCCCCGUCUGCCUGCACCUCAGCAGCCUAAAACUGACUUGGAACUGCAGGCUGGCACCGUUGAUAGGCAUCCGCCACACUCGGCACCUAUACAGGACUCCGAGGUCUCACCUGCUCUCAGAGUAGCCCCGACUUCUCUAAACCAGUUACUGGAUAACACAGGUGUGCCAAACAUGUCACUGAGACCCAUACAGAGUAGUACUGUGAUGGGAAAGGACAGUCCUAAGUCUGCCUUUGAUCCAGAAAGGCCACUUCACAGUAAUUCCCAGAGCACAGAUUUGGCAGUCUCUGUUGCGAACACGCCUGAAACUGAAGCUAAACUUAAACCUGUUGUCUCAGUACCUAUUAGCAGUCCUAACUUACAGGCUGCUUCAGUUUCCAGUUCACUCCCUCCCAAUAACAUGAACUCCAAUACUACUCCCAGCCUUAACCAAAACCCAGUUUCCAACCUUGGUGUCAUUCCUAGUUCAAAUGUAAAUCCAACACCUACCCUUUGCAGCACAGUCAGUACCAACACUAAUGUCACCCCAAGUGUAAACCCCAGUACAGUCGCUUCAAGUCAGAGCAGUUCUGCAUCCACUGUUAGUACUAGUUCGAACUCUAGCUCUUCUGUAAACUCAAUUGGUUCAGCUCUUAAGCCAAGUCCUAGUCCUAAAACUGUGACAAGUGUCCACUCAGUCAUACAGCUCCCUGCCUCUUCUAGCACCAUUUCCCCCAACCAGAUCACCGUGUUUGUGGCCUCAAACCCUAUCACUUCUGCCUCCACUUCACAGCCACCCACAUCUAUGGUUUCCACCAUGGUGGCUGUCCCUCACAGGAACAUUAGACCUCAGGACAUCCGGCAGCAGAGCUCUGCCCCCCGACCUCCUCAGUUCAUCACGACUACCCCUGUAUUUAUCAACCCAAUUUUCCAGGUCCCAGGUGCAUCUGUGGCUCCCAAUACUACAGUGGUAUCUCAGUCAGUCACAAUGGUGGGGUCUAUCCAGGUGUCAAAUACAAAUAUCCAGCUUUCUCCUGCUUCAAGCUCCACCCAGUCCUCAGGGGCUAACAUGACCAGCAGUCAGUCCACUAGAAAUGCUGUUGGACAGCUCCAGAUUGCCACUAGUAUGUCGUCAUCGAACCCAGCACCUCUCCUAGCUCCUCAGCAAAAUAAUCCAGCAGCUAACAAAACAGAAAGCCCUGGGGAGACUAGUUCUACUCAGAAAUCUCUCCCAGUCCCACAGCCAUCUCCUCAUCCUAGCCCUUCAGCAUCUUCCCCCUUUCAGCCACCUCUGGCUUCUCCUCCUCCCUGCUCUAGUCCGGGGGCUGUUAACACCGUCCGGAAAAGCCCUGUUUCUUCAUCUCCUACUGCCCAGUUGAGAAGUAAGCCUGCACAGGCUGCUGUAGCUGUUUGUGUUACAGUGGACUCCCAGCAAAGUCCUAUAGAAAGGCCUGCACAGGGGCAUACAGGGGCUGUGCCAUCACAGGUCUUUCAUCCUCCAGCUAGUCCGGCCAUUCAGACUGAAGCACAAGCACCUCAUACUACUGUUUCUCCAAACAUCAUUAAUAUGCCUGCAGUCUCAUCUCCAGUCACAGUUCCUAGUCAAGUCACUGCUCCUACUCAGAUUGUUGGCCAGGCUUCAGUGCAUGCACCAACUUCAGUCUCAACGCCAACACAGGCCAUAACUUCUCAAGCUCCUGUUGUGGCUGUAGUUGGUACUCCUACUGGUGUUUCUUCUCCAGCUGCACUCUCCACGGUCCCUCUUGUGCAAAGUCCCCUACCGUCCAUUGUUCCAACCCUUGGCACACCUGGCCUUGUUCAGGAGGGUCCCCAAACCACAUCCUCACCAGCUGCUAACCUCAGCGGAGUUCCAUCAGGCCAGUCUGACCAUGCAACAGCUGUAGAGUCCUCCAUCCCACCAGCUGCAGCAGCUGCUGAAACCACUCAGACCACCGCAGCACCCAUUCAACAAGAAGUUCCACAGUCACAGGAACCUGCUGCCACUGAGAAGACAGGUGAAGAGGUCUUGACCGGCUCUGAACAGGGAUGGGCAAAGAAAAGAAAGACGCCCAUCAACUUAGUCUCAAGAGCUGCUGUGGAGAAGCCCAAGGGGCCAAGCAGACGCAGCUCCCGGGCAGAGAAAGAAGUGGAGGAGGAGCCAGUAGCAGACAGCAGCCUUAGGAAGAGAUCAGCCAGGCCUGCAAACAGUCAGUCUGUAAAAGAAGCUGGAGCGAGCCCCACGCAGGCCAAAAGAAGGAAGUCUAAGUAAGCACAACUACAGUUGCGCUUACCUGUGAAACGUACUGUAAAUGUUUUGGUUUUUUUUGUUUUUCUCGCUGUGAAUCACUUGAUAAUGGUUUCUCUGAGCAGGAUUAUAAAUUUUUACUAGAGGAAGAGACUCAUGUACAGAUUGUUUUAAAAGGAAUCAUGCUAUUGUCGUGUCCAUGUGAGAUUGUAGUUAGAAAGUGUGCAUACAGUUUGUGUGAAUGUGCUUUUUAUAUGAAAUGCUGGAUUAAUCAUGUGAAGAUAGAUGGUGCAGCUUGUCAUGACGGUAUAAUGUAAAACAAAUAAAAUUUUCUACCA